GCUCCUUCAACUGAAUUGUAACACAGCGUCAAAAAAAAAAAAAGCGUGGAGCAUCGGGCGCCGGAAAAUCCCCAAAGCCAAAAAAACACAAUAACAACAACAACAAGAGGCAAAGAAACCAGUGGAGCGGGGAUCAAUGAACGCGGCACGCAGCAGCUGCGAGCAACAACAACAACAACAGCAGAAGAAGAAAAGCGAAACGGGCCAGCAAUUGGCUUCAAGUUCAAAAUCGCCAUAACAACAGAAGCAGCAGCAGCAGCAGAAGCAGCAGCAGCAGGAGUAACAGCAGCAGCAGAAGCAGCAAUAGUUGCAACUCCAACAGCAACAAGCAGGAAGUUGCGCAGCUGCACCUUAAUUGGGCGCAGUGUCAUUACCACCACCACCAACACCACYACCACCACCACCACACGCGCUCAUCCCCGCUCAAUGUAAGAUGUUAGUGGCCAAACACCAACACAAUACCAAAACCAAAACCAACAGCAACAGCAAUCGCAGCAACAGCAACAGUUGCCCGUGCAGUUGGCAGCUCAGCCUGCUCAUUAGCUGUCUGCUCUAUGCCGGUCAAGUUCAGGCGAUCGGCGGCGGUGCGCAGAGCUCAACGGCAUCGACGGCGGCGCUGCUAACGGGCCAUCAGCUGGCGCCGUGGCAGACCACCGCCGCCUUUGCCACCCACACAGCAACAGCGGCAGCAACUGCGGCGCCCCCCGCCAGGAAUCUCUAUGCGCCCUAUCAGACCUUCAGCAAGCAGGACGACAUCAGCUUCAAGGAUGUGCGACAGCGCAACGAUGGCAGUGUAGUGCAAUCCUUUGGCUCCUAUCGCACGGCGCGACAAUCCACUGCAACUGCCACUGCAGCUGCCCCCGCCCAGCGUCGCUCCGAUGUCGAGAUCAUACCGGCGCCCAGUGUGGAGCUGCCCCAGAGUGACCUGAUCACCAUACCCAAGCAGCUGGUGCCCACGCUGCCGGAGAAUGUGACGCGACAGGGACGCCGACGCAACUACAUGUACAUCCCAUUGCAAACGGAGAGCGAUGCGAGUAGCUCAGCCUCGCUGCUGCAGCUGCGGCCCAGUCGCAAUGCCACGCUAUCCGCGCUGGGUCCCCCAGCCGAGGGCAUUGCUGCAGUCGCUCAUGAAUUCAGCGCUGAGCUGGCGGCUCAUGCAGCAGAGCACCAGCACCAGCACCAGCAGCAGCAGCAGUCGGUGCGCACGGAGCGCAGUGACCUGGUAGCUGCGGCCAGCACCACGGACAAGCUGGAGUAUGCCGAGCCGGAGCACACGAGCCGUCGCGUGGGCUUUCAGUUUCCCAGCUACAGCCUGAAGCCGGCCAAUCCCUUCUAUCCACAGGGCUAUCGUGAGGACAGUCCCAUUUUCGAGGAGAGCAGCGCCGGUGGCGUCGGUGGCUUGCCCUUCACCGAGGAUGCCGCGCCCACACAAUAUGAGCACGAGUCGCGGCAUACGCGUCAGCUAUACUUCGACUCGGAUGGCUCGCCGUCCAGCUUUGAGUUUCCCGGCCUGGUGGCCAACUCGAAGCCUCACACACUGAACGCCGCCGUCGCAGCUGGCAAACUUUAUCGAGAUGAUGUGACCAAGUUUGGAGACAUCAAUGGACCCAUUACUGCACUGCCAGGUCGCUUGCAGCGCGGCCUCUACUUUGGCGACACGGAGUUCCGCACCGGACCCAGUCCCAUGCGUCAGUUUGGACCGCAGAAGGCCUUCAAUGAGUACGUGGCGCCCGGCGACUAUCAGAGCUCGCGCAAGAGUCGCUACUUCCCCUACAAGUCGUCGCGCAGUCCCCGCGUGGUCUUCCCCAGCAACGACAAUGUGGGCACCACCGGACCCAGCGGCUCCAGCGCACCAUCCGGCACGGGUGUCUACUUUAGCGAUAAUAUUGCUUUCAGAGAUCAGAACUUUGGCAUCAACGAACUGGCCGCCGUGCAGGAUGUGCGUAACGAUUAUAGUCUACAGGAUUUGGAUAACGCUGCCGAGUCAACGAGCAGUCCACAGUCAGCCAGCACAUUCAAGGAGAAGGUCGACAUCACAACGGACAUGGAGUGUCAGCACCGUGGCGGUACUUGCGAGUUCUUUUUAGGCUGCUGGCUAUCUGGCGGCCUAAUACAGGGCACCUGCAAUGGAUUGCUGCGCGGCUGUUGCCAUCGCACGGCCAAAUCGGCCAAUUUACGCAGCUCGGACUAUGUGGGCAAUACGGUCGAUCUGACCGAUCUACCGCAAAAGAACUUUGGACCGGUCAACAACGAACCCAGCUGCGGCAUUUCACUGGCCAAGCAGACCGCCCAGCGCCGCAUUGUGGGCGGCGACGAUGCCGGCUUUGGCUCCUUUCCCUGGCAGGCCUACAUACGCAUUGGCUCAUCCAGAUGCGGCGGCUCGCUGAUCUCACGUCGUCAUGUGGUCACCGCCGGGCAUUGUGUGGCACGUGCCACGCCCCGUCAGGUGCACGUCACGCUGGGCGAUUAUGUAAUCAACUCGGCCGUUGAACCGCUGCCCGCGUAUACCUUCGGCGUGCGCCGCAUUGAUGUGCAUCCCUACUUCAAGUUCACGCCACAAGCGGAUCGCUUCGAUGUCUCCGUGCUGACCCUGGAGCGCACAGUGCACUUCAUGCCACAUAUAGCGCCCAUUUGCCUGCCGGAGAAGAAUGAGGACUUUCUGGGCAAGUAUGGCUGGGCCGCCGGCUGGGGCGCCUUGAAUCCGGGCUCCCGCUUGCGCCCCAAAACUCUGCAAGCUGUCGAUGUGCCCGUGAUUGAGAAUCGCAUCUGCGAGCGCUGGCAUCGACAGAAUGGCAUCAAUGUCGUCAUCUACCAGGAGAUGCUGUGCGCCGGCUAUCGCAAUGGCGGCAAGGAUUCCUGCCAGGGCGAUUCCGGCGGCCCGCUGAUGCAUGAGAAGAACGGCCGUUGGUAUUUGAUAGGCGUUGUCUCGGCGGGCUAUUCCUGUGCAUCGCGUGGACAGCCGGGCAUCUACCAUCGCCUGGCCUAUACGGUGGACUGGGUAUCCUAUGUGGUUGGCCUGACAGUCAACAUCUAAGCUAUGCCACGCGUCUCUUAUUUAUUUGAAACCCAACGCUUCAGAGCUCCAGCUUGCAGAAUGCUCUCCAUCAAGUGGAGUGCAAACGUUUUGUACAUAAUUCACUUUCCCAGCUUCCGCAUCUAUCGACUUUUCGCAUACUUUGUUUUUAAUUCUUAUUUAUAUAUUUAAUAAUUUUCAAAAAAAAAAAAAAAAAAAAAACUUUUGCGCAGCGCAAAGAAUGAUUAGAAGGAGACGGAAACUGCGUAUAUUAGAGCCUAGGAAUGACAACGCAUAUAUCUCUAGCUGGGAUAUAUAUCUAUGGGAUAUUCGAUAUGGGAUAUUCUGGUUAAGCGAUUUUCAAAAUACAUUUUAAAUUAAUUAUUAAUUAAUUGACUUAGUCAUAUGCGCUGUUACGUAAUUUUAAACUAUUUAUGAACUAAUUGUGUGUAA